CGAAGUGAGCCGCCGGCUUCGUCUUCUAGUACAGAAGCAGUAGUGCCAGGCACUGAAGUAGCAGCGACUUCUCUCAAAGAAAAGGCGGCAAGCAUAGUCGGAGCUGCCCACGAUCUUGACACAAAAGAGCCUGCCAGCUCUGCCAAGUUGUCUUCGCAUGUCGACGCCGGUGCUAAAGAUCGCAUAGCCUUGCCUUCCUUCUGCUCUUCGAAAGAUUUGCAAGCAACUGGGCCACUUCAGAUUCAGAAUAAUACAGCUGCAGGCGCAACGCGUCUUGAGAGGACUAGUAGACGUAGAGUGAGCCAGCCUCUGAGGGUCGGAGAUGAUGGCCAGCAAGGAUUGAAGGAGCGCGAAACCCUCGCCAACGAUGGCAGCCGUGAAAUUGCAUCGGCAGAGAUGACGCUGUCGGCUGAGUCGCGUUCCCCGGUCGCACUUUUCAGACAGGCUGGCGGUGUUCCGCUUGAUCUCCGAGCCCCCUCUGGUCGUCUGUCAGCGAUUCCCG